AAUCAAAUAUGGGAGUUUGGACAUCCUACUCAAUUUUCUAGAGUGAGAGAGGGGGAAGGAGGGAGCAGAGCAGGGUGUGGAAGAUGGGAUGCUCGAUUUCAGGACUGAACGCACUGUACGACGUCGUGAACGGAGGUGGAGAUGUGUGGAUCAAUGAGCACCGCUUCAGGAUCCUCAGGCAGCUCGGCGAAGGUGGCUUCGCCUACGUCUUCCUCGUCAAGGAAGUCCUUUCCGAGUCCACUGCUGCUUCUGGUGGUGGCAUCGCCAAGAAAUUCAAGGACCCUUCUCACGUCUCAGAUGAUGGAACUUAUGCAAUGAAGAAAGUUCUCAUUCAGAAUAGUGAGCAGUUAGACUUGGUGAGGGAGGAGAUCUGUGUUUCGUCCUUGUUUACCCAUCCCAAUCUGCUUCCACUUCUUGAUCAUGUCAUAAUUGCAGUUAAGUCCACACAAGAAGGAUCUUGGAAGCAUGAAGCAUACUUGUUGUUUCCAGUUCAUUUGGAUGGAACAUUACUGGACAAUGCUAAAGCUAUGAAGGUUAAGAAGGAGUUCUUUUCUACCUCGGAUGUUCUUCAUAUAUUUCGGCAGCUUUGUGCUGGACUCAUGCAUAUGCACAAUUUUGAUCCUUCAUAUGCGCAUAAUGAUGUCAAACCUGGUAAUGUCCUUAUAACACAUAGAAAAGGACAGCCACCUCUUGCAAUAUUAAUGGAUUUUGGAAGUACUCGUCCUGCAAGAAAGCAAAUUCGCACUCGUUCAGAGGCACUACAGUUGCAGGAAUGGGCAUCUGAGCACUGUUCGGCACCUUUUCGAGCUCCUGAAUUGUGGGAUUGCCCAAGCCAUGCAGAUAUUGAUGAAAGAGUUGAUAUCUGGUCAUUAGGAUGCACAUUGUUCGCAAUAAUGUAUGGCAUGUCUCCAUUUGAGUAUGCACUGGGGGAAUCUGGAGGAAGCCUACAGCUAGCCAUUGUAAACGCACAGAUAAAGUGGCCAACUGGGCCUAAUCCUCUAUACCCAGAUGCUCUUCACAAGUUUGUGACAUGGAUGCUCCAGCCCCAGGUGACAGUUCGACCUCACAUAGACGACAUUGUCAUCCAUGUUGACAAGUUAAUAUCAAAGUUCUCUCAUUGAUCAAACAAGGACAAAAGAAAUGUCGGAUUCCUUCUCGGGUGUGUAUUACCAUCCACAAUUCAGCCUGUUCGGAAAUUAAUAGUUACCAUGCACUUUAUUGUGAAAAUGUGAUAGGAUAUAAGCAAAAUAGCAAAUUUGUUGUUAGCUAGUGUUGAACAGAGUUUGGAAGUACUUUUGGCUACUGUGCAAUGGUUUGAUUUUAUCAAUUGCAGCUAUUUAAUUUCAUAUUUUGGAAUUUAA